CCCACAAUGCACGAAGAGCCGCCGCCGCCGCCGCCGCAUGAGAGGGAGGAGGAGAAAAAGGACCGGCUGGCUCCAUCCUCCCCAUCCUCCUCCUUCGCCGCCGCGCUUCCCAGGUAGCAACAUGGCGAAGCCAGCCCAGCCGCCGCCUGAGGCGAAAUAACAGCAGCAGCAGCAGCAGGCGCCCGCGCUUCGUUGCUCGGCUUUCCUCACAAGCGCCCCGCCCCGCGCCCCCACCCUCCCUCUCCUGCCCGCGGGCGAGAGUCGCUGUCCUCGCAGCCGCCGCUUGCCUGGCUUGAGCCCCCAGCGGCAGCCGCAGCGGGAGCAGCCAGGCAGCGCUCCCACCAUGGCAGCUUCCGAGCUUUACACGAAGUAUGCAAGGAUUUGGAUACCUGAUCCAGAAGUAGUCUGGAAAUCAGCAGAACUUCUGAAAGAUUAUAAAUCAGGAGACAAAGUCCUUCAUCUUCGUGUUGAGGAUGGCAAGGAUCUUCAAUAUAGCCUUCAUCCUAAAUCCAAGGAGCUGCCACCCCUGCGAAACCCUGACAUACUUGUGGGUGAAAACGAUCUCACAGCACUCAGCUAUCUUCAUGAGCCUGCUGUUCUUCAUAACCUAAAAGUUCGGUUUAUAGACUCAAAGCUCAUAUAUACAUAUUGUGGUAUAGUUUUAGUAGCUAUAAAUCCUUAUGAACAACUGCCUAUCUAUGGCGAAGAUAUCAUCAAUGCAUACAGCGGCCAAAACAUGGGGGAUAUGGAUCCCCACAUCUUUGCUGUGGCCGAGGAAGCAUACAAGCAAAUGGCCAGAGAUGAGCGUAACCAGUCGAUUAUUGUAAGUGGAGAAUCUGGAGCUGGAAAAACAGUCUCUGCUAAAUAUGCUAUGAGAUAUUUUGCCACUGUAAGUGGGUCUGCCAGCGAAGCUAAUGUUGAAGAGAAAGUAUUGGCUUCCAAUCCCAUAAUGGAGUCUAUUGGGAAUGCCAAAACCACACGGAAUGACAACAGCAGUCGCUUUGGGAAAUACAUUGAAAUAGGUUUUGACAAAAGGUAUAGAAUCACUGGUGCCAACAUGAGAACUUACCUCCUAGAAAAAUCAAGAGUGGUGUUCCAGGCAGAAGAAGAGAGAAAUUACCAUAUCUUCUACCAGCUCUGUGCUUCUGCAACACUACCUGAAUUUAAAACUUUGCGGUUAGACAAUGCAGACUAUUUUCACUAUACAAAACAAGGGGGCAGUCCAGUGAUUGAUGGAAUUGACGAUGCGAAGGAGAUGAUGAACACCAGGCGGGCUUGCAUGUUGCUAGGUAUUGUUGAUUCCUGCCAGAUGGGAAUCUUUCAAAUCCUUGCUGCUAUUCUUCACCUGGGCAAUGUGGCAUUCACAUCUCGAGAUGCUGACAGCUGUACAAUACCAGCCAAACAUGAACCCCUCAACAUCUUCUGUGAUCUCAUGGGAGUGGAGUAUGAACAGAUGGCUCACUGGCUGUGCCAUAGGAAGCUUGCUACUGCCACAGAGACCUACAUCAAACCAAUUUCCAAACUUCAGGCCAUAAAUGCCAGGGAUGCUCUGGCUAAACAUAUCUAUGCUAGGCUUUUUAACUGGAUUGUAGAUCAUGUGAACAAAGCUCUGCAUUCUACCAUGAAGCAGCAUUCUUUCAUUGGUGUAUUGGACAUUUAUGGGUUUGAAACAUUUGAGAUAAACAGCUUUGAACAGUUUUGUAUAAACUAUGCGAAUGAGAAACUGCAGCAACAGUUCAAUAUGCAUGUCUUUAAGCUGGAGCAAGAAGAAUAUAUGAGGGAACAAAUUCCAUGGACCUUGAUUGAUUUCUAUGACAAUCAGCCCUGCAUUAACCUCAUAGAGGCCAAAAUGGGUGUUCUGGAUUUGCUAGAUGAGGAAUGUAAGAUGCCUAAAGGUUCAGAUAAUAGCUGGGCCCAGAAAUUAUACAAUACUCACUUGAAUAAGUCUGCGCUCUUUGAGAAACCCCGUAUGUCAAACAAAGCAUUUAUCAUCCAACACUUUGCAGAUAAGGUGGAGUACCAGUGUGAAGGAUUUUUGGAAAAAAACAAAGAUACUGUCUAUGAAGAACAGAUCAAAGUUCUAAAAUCAAGUAAGUUCAAAAUGCUGCCUGAGCUGUUUCAGGACGAGAUGGCCAUCAGCCCCACUUCAGCAACACCAUCCGGCCGUACACCGUUGUCUCGAGUGGCUGUAAAGCCAUCCAAGUCUAAAAUGGCCCAAACAAGCAAGGAACAUAAGAAAACAGUGGGGCAUCAGUUCAGAAAUUCUCUGCAUCUCCUGAUGGAGACCCUUAAUGCCACAACUCCACAUUAUGUGCGGUGUAUUAAGCCAAAUGACUUCAAGUUUCCAUUUAUGUUUGAUGAAAAGCGGACGGUACAGCAGCUCAGAGCUUGUGGUGUUCUAGAAACAAUCCGGAUCAGUGCAGCUGGCUUCCCUUCCAGGUGGACGUAUCAAGAGUUUUUCAGCCGUUAUCGUGUCCUGAUGAAGCAGAAAGAUGUCCUCAGUGACAGGAAGCAGACAUGUAAAAACGUCCUGGAGAAGCUGAUUCUGGAUAAGGAUAAGUACCAAUUUGGAAAGACAAAAAUAUUUUUCCGGGCUGGUCAAGUAGCUUAUUUGGAAAAAAUAAGGGCAGAUAAACUAAGAGCUGCUUGCAUCCGCAUCCAAAAGACCAUUAGGGGCUGGUUGAUGCGAAAGAAGUUCCUGCGCAUGAGGAAGGCAGCCAUUACUGUCCAGAGACAUGUCCGAGGGUACCAGGCAAGAUGCCUUGCCACUUUUCUUCGAAGAACCAAAGCUGCCAUCAUUAUUCAGAAAUUCCAGCGCAUGUAUGCCAUCCGCAAGCGAUAUCGCCACACGCUGGCGGCCACUGUUGUUCUCCAGUCAUAUAUGCGAGGUUAUCUUGCUAGGAAGAAGUAUCAUAAGAUGCUUUGGGAGCAUAAGGCCACCAUUAUACAGAAACGUGUGCGUGGUUGGCUGGCUCGCUUGCACUAUCAUAGAACUUUGGAGGCAGUUGUCUAUCUGCAAUGCUGCUACCGGCGCAUGAUGGCUAAGAGAGAGCUGAAGAAGCUGAAGAUAGAGGCACGCUCUGUGGAACACUACAAGAAACUCAAUGUUGGCAUGGAGAACAAAAUCAUGCAACUGCAGCGUAAAAUUGAUGAACAGUCCAAAGACUCCAAAUCGCUAAUUGAGAAACUAAGUACCCUGGAGGCAGCAUACAAUUCUGAGAAAGAGAAGCUGAGGAAUGAUGUCGAAAGGCUUAAAAUGAGUGAAGAAGAGGCCAAGAAUGCUACCAACCGUGUCCUUAGCCUUGAAGAGGAGAUUAGCAAGCUCAGGAAGGAACUGCACCAAACACAGUCUGAGAAGAAGACUAUUGAGGAAAAGGCAGAUAUAUACAAACAAGAAACAGACCAGCUGGUGCUGGAACUAAAAGAGCAAAACACGCUGCUUAAAAAAGAAAAGGAUGAAUUGAACCGUCGUAUUCAGGACGAGGCCAAAGAGAUAACAGAGGUCAUGGAGAAAAAGUUCAUUGAGGAGACAAAACAGCUGGACCUGGAUCUGAACAAUGAAAGGCAGAGAUAUCAGAAUCUGCUUCAGGAGUUCAGCCGGUUAGAGGAGCGAUAUGAUGACCUCAAGGAUGAGAUGAAGCUGAUGGUGAGCAUCUCCAAGCCUGGACACAAGAGAACAGAUUCUACGCAUAGCAGCAAUGAAUCAGAAUACACCUACAGCUCUGAGGUCACUGAGGCGGACGAAUUACCAGUGAGAACAGAGGAGCCAAGUGAGAAAAAAACACCUUUGGACAUGUCUCUAUUCCUCAAGCUACAAAAACGGGUUUCAGAGCUGGAGCAGGAAAAGCAAUCUCUGCAAGAUGAGCUGGACAGGAGGGAGGAGCAAGCUCUCCGAGCCAAGGCCAAGGAGGAGGAAAGGCCUCAGAUGAGAGGUGCAGAGCUGGAGUAUGAAUCACUUAAGCGUCAAGAACUUGAAUCAGAGAAUAAGAAACUGAAGAAUGAGUUGAAUGAGUUGAGGAAAGCCCUGAUAGAAAAGAGCUCCCCUGGUGUCACUGUCCCUGGUGCCCCAGCAUAUAGGGUCCUCUUGGAUCAGAUGACCUCUGUCAGUGAGGAGCUGGAAGUACGUAAGGAGGAAGUCCUCAUUCUGAGGUCUCAACUCAUGAGUCAGAAGGAGGCAAUUCAGCCCAAGAACACCAUGACAGACUCCACAAUCCUGUUGGAGGAUGUACAGAAGAUGAAGGACAAAGGAGAGAUAGCCCAGGCGUAUAUCGGUCUGAAGGAGACGAACAGAUCAUCUCUUCAGGACUAUCAUAUGCUGAAUGAGGACGGAGAGCUGUGGCUGGUAUACGAAGGGCUAAAACAAGCCAACAGGCUUCUAGAAUCUCAGCUGCAGUCUCAGAAGAGGAGCCAUGACAAUGAACUGGAAGCCCUUCGUGGAGAGAUUCAGAGACUGAAGGAGGAAAACAAUCGCCAGCAGCAGUUGUUAGCACAGAACCUCCAGCUGCCCCCCGAAGCCCGGAUAGAAGCUAGUCUACAGCAUGAGAUUACCCGCUUGACUAAUGAAAACCUAUAUUAUGAGGAGUUAGAUGACCCCAUGAAGUAUCAAUCGUACCGGAUUUCCCUUUACAAACGGAUUAUUGAUUUAAUGGAGCAGCUUGAAAAACAGGACAAGACUGUUCGCAAACUGAAAAAGCAGCUAAAAGUCUUUGCAAAAAAGAUUGAUGAACUUGAAGUGGGCCAGAUGGAGAACAUUUCACCUGGACAAAUAAUUGAUGAGCCAAUCCAUCCUGUCAAUAUUCCAAGGAAAGAAAAGGACUUCCAGGGAAUGUUGGAAUAUAAGAAAGAGGAUGAGCCAAAGCUUAUGAAGAACCUGAUUUUAGACCUGAAGCCACGUGGUGUGGCAGUCAAUCUCAUCCCAGGACUACCAGCAUACAUUUUGUUCAUGUGUGUCCGCCAUGCUGACUAUCUGAAUGAUGAUCAAAAAGUGCGAUCCUUGCUGACUUCUACUAUUAAUGGUAUCAAAAAAAUUUUGAAGAAAAGAGGUGAUGACUUUGAAACGGUUUCCUUCUGGCUGUCUAACACAUGCCGAUUUUUGCACUGCUUGAAGCAGUACAGUGGUGAAGAGGGGUUUAUGAAGCACAACACACCUCGUCAGAAUGAUCAUUGCCUCACUAAUUUUGACCUUGCUGAAUACAGACAAGUACUGAGUGACUUGGCCAUUCAGAUCUACCAGCAACUUGUCAGAGUGUUGGAGAAUAUUCUGCAGCCAAUGAUUGUUUCAGGAAUGUUGGAGCAUGAAACUAUCCAAGGCGUGUCAGGGGUAAAACCAACUGGUCUCCGAAAGAGAACCUCCAGCAUUGCUGACGAAGGGACGUACACGCUGGACUCUAUCAUUCGACAGUUGAACACCUUCCACUCCAUCAUGUGUCAGCAUGGAAUGGAUCCAGAGCUGAUCAAGCAGGUAGUCAAGCAGAUGUUCUACAUCAUUGGGGCUGUGACCCUCAAUAACCUUCUCCUGCGAAAAGAUAUGUGCUCAUGGAGCAAAGGGAUGCAGAUAAGGUACAAUGUAAGUCAACUUGAAGAAUGGCUUCGUGACAAAAAUCUGAUGAAUAGCGGGGCUAAGGAAACUCUGGAGCCUCUCAUCCAGGCAGCGCAGUUGUUGCAAGUGAAAAAGAAAACUGAUGACGAUGCAGGGGCCAUUUGUUCCAUGUGCAAUGCCUUAACUACUGCACAGAUUGUGAAAGUUUUGAACUUGUAUACUCCAGUUAAUGAAUUUGAAGAACGAGUGUCUGUAUCCUUUAUCCGAACGAUACAGCUCCGUAUGCGAGACAGGAAAGACUCUCCUCAACUGCUAAUGGAUGCCAAGCAUAUUUUCCCGGUUACUUUCCCAUUUAACCCAUCGUCUCUUGCAUUAGAAACCAUCCAAAUCCCAGCAAGUUUGGGUCUAGGAUUCAUUAGUCGUGUCUGAACCAACAAUACAGUUAGCCAUCGAUCAUGAGCGUGCUGCCUGAAUCUUAAACAGUGAAGACACUGAAAAGCCAGGGGGUGGGUGGAUGGGGUGGAAUAGAGAAAGAAAGCUGAAGAAAAUAUUGUAGAUGCCAUGAAAUGCAUUGCAGAAUGCUGGGAUGCUACAUAACUGUCUCACAGCUCAAGGAUGAUGGAAACAUAUACAUUUGUAUAAAUUCAUUAUUCUCAUGCAGAGGUCUAUAUAAAGUUUUCCGAAUCAGAUUUUUUUCUAGUAUAGAUCAAAUGUCUGUUUUCUCCCUGCUGGUCACAAGCUGUCUUUUAUAUUUGCAUUUGGAGCCGGAGACAUUCUGUGACUAAUAAAGUGAGGAGCAGAAUUUUUUCUUUUCCAUUUCCUCUGUGAUCAAAAGUGGACCAUUCUGUUCCUGGUGGCCAAGACAAAACCUUUAUUGUCCUUGGGACCACCUGAAGAGGAGUUUCCCCAGUUUAUCAAGGCUGAGGAUUACUUCACACAUUCCAGAUUCAGAGUGUACGCUAUUAUGUUUGAAGUGGCCACCAAUUGCAGAUCCCUGCUGCUGCACAUACACAUGGCAGAAUAGAUACAUAUAGCUGCUUCAAAUGUGGUGGCGUCAGUGUGUUCACUCCAUCCAUAAUGCGUUUCUGAUUCUCAUUCUGGUAGGGAAGCUACAGCUGACUGGACACUUGAGCUCCUCGUAACUUAUUUAAAUGUAACUGUCAUAGAUCUGCUCAUAAAUGGAACCAGAGAGGACGAAAGAGUAAAUUUUAAAGGUAUGGUUUUUAGUUAAGUAUAUAAGCAUUUAGGGGUAUGUACUACAUGUUAAAACAUGUUAGUGAUUGGAAAGUAUAAUGCAAACUGGCAGUAUAGAACACAGUCUACAUAGCACAAGCCCUAUUAAUAGCAAACGGGAGCUGCAUAAUGGUAAUCAUACUCUUGGGCAGCUCUAGUCCCGUCAAUGGGACGUGCGCAGUAGGUGUUCAUAGUAGAUUGCACCCCAGAAGAUGAUUUGUCAGACUCCUUCCCUAUUUAUGUCAGUGCGACAUAAAUAAUGAAAUAACAAAAGUGUCUUUUGGCUUACUAUAUGGUACAACAUAGCUGUUCGUUAGUUAGUACUGUUUCAAAACAUCAGUGCUGCUGUGUGUUCUGUUCUUUUAAAUGUACAAUAAUAAUCUUUAGACGAGAAAUAAGGAUCUUUUGUGGAAACAAAUACAGUAGUCCAGUCUCUUAAAAGGAUUUUUGCAAGUGGCAAGGAAUAUCACUGGCAAUAGGAAAGGGGUAACUAAGCACAAAUAGCAAACUGGAAGCUGCAUCAUUGUAUUUCAAAUAUGUUUACCACAGUAUUCAAGAUCUUGAGUUCAAUGAACAAAACCCAACCAUAAUAUAUUCUUAGUAUUUAUUUAUCAUUUUGGCGUAUGUUGGCUUUUCACCUUGGGUUUUUUAGUUGCCAGUUUUGUAAUGGCAGUAUGUACAUUCUACUGUUUUUCAUUUUGUAGUGUUUUUUGGUGUGUGUGUAUAAUUUCAGGUGAAUCUCAAGUGCUUGGGUGAAGGAGGAAUUCUUUUACUCCAGAUUUCCUGAAUACCUUAAGACUUUGCUUUACGAUAAUUUGUAGAAAUGUAAAGCAAACCAUGAUUAGGAUGCACUUUUGAAAUUAAUAAUACUCUCCUUCUGUAUCUAUGGGAAUAUUUCACUGGACACAUUAAAAAAAAAGGAUGCUGCUUGAUUAAAACAUUUUUGCUAGAUCUCUCACAUUCUGGAGACUUGUCUCAGUGUGGAAUUGGCAAUUCAGAAUGUCUGUCAAGUCUUGCCCAGUGUUUUCUCAUAUUGAUUUUUUAAAUACGGUCAGUGAUGAUCAGAUAAACAUAGGAAGAAAUUACAUACUUCAAAAUUGCCACAUGCAAUGUGUAUUAUAACAAUUGUUAUAUUUAUUUUAAAACGUAUCUUUAUGCUGUACAGGCAUAUUGUUAACAUUUGUCUUGCAUUCUUAGAACAAUGUUGCUGUCACUUGAGAAGACCAGUGUGUUUCAAGUAAGCUUUACAUGAGAGUGAUGUGCAAGUGGCAUGUAUGGUCACUGAUAACGGAAAUAAAGUGAGGGCUUUUUCAAUUGUGGCCCCCACCCUGUGGAACUCCCUCCCAAAUGAUCUCCGCCAUGCCCCUUCUGUGAUGAGUUUCCACCGGGCCUUGAAGACCUGGCUCUUCAGGCAGGCUUUUGGGGUGGGCUAGAUUUUAUCUUCAUUGUUUUUAGAUUUUCAGUGUCUAGGUAUUAUAUGCCUACGUUGUACGUUGCCCAGAGUGGCUGGACAGCCAGCCAGAUGGGCGACUAAUAAAUUCUAUAAAUAAAUAAAUUGUCAGUACUGUUCUUAAAAACUGAUUUGGGUCUCUUCCAUCCCCCCCCCCAAUUUUCUUCUGGGUUUUUGCUGUUGGCAGGGAGUUGUGUACCCUUUUACAGAAGGUUAUUUUAAGACCAUUCAGGUACUUAAAGACAAGCAAUGUCUAAUCUGUUUUCUUUUAUUUAUGGUAAAUGAACAGUUCUUUACUUUAAUAUGUUUACUUUACAUCUGGCACAAAGUUUACAAAAAUGAUCCUUUAACAAGGGGUGCUUCUUCCAGAACUACAAUAAAAUGCUGUCAAAAACAGUCAUCUUCUGUGGCUCCUGCCAGCUUAGGGUGCUUUGAUCACCAAGGAGCCCUGGGCAAACGUGGGAAGACACAAAAGUUGCCACCUAGUCUAGAAGCAGCCCUGAAAUGACCGCAGCCUGAGAUGAUCACAGUUUCUUAAAUUUUCCCUAGAUUCCUAGUGUAUCUAUACUAGAACUAUAAUAAAAUUAAUUUCAAGCGACAGCAGCACUUUAAAAAAAUUAGGGCCCCAACUACUAAUCCUCUGAAUUAACUGAAAAAUCUGCCCUUUAAGAUUUUUACAGUAUCUCAAGAAAUUUAACUAUUUCAGAAAUGGCAUCCUCUCCAUUUUGUUUACUUGGGAAAAAAGCCUUACUGUACUUUAUUUACAAGAGUGGUAGAUGUUUAUAGGCAUUAUAUUUAGCAGUCUGACUAAUAUCACUUUCUGUCACAUUAAAAUUGGAUGCUGCUUCACGUGAUUUAAAGGAAGGUAUUUCUAAGUUUAACUAGUAUUUUUUAAAAUUCAUAUAAUACUUUACGUAGCAGUAUUUUACAUGCACUUUUCAUAGGUUAACGUGUUUAGUAUUGAUACAAAUAUAAAACUUUCAGUUUAGUUUUUCAGGUUUAGAGUAAACCUAACACAAUUCUGGUUAUGCUUAUUUCCCCUCCCUUUAUGCUCUUUGAAUGUGAAAGUGUCUUUAUUUCUAAUUUUGUUGAUUUGAUAUGGAACAUUAUCGCCAGCGCUGGAAAAAUACAUAAGUGAGCCCGUUUAAAAUGUACAGAUCUGAAGUACUGCACAAAUAUUACCUCAUUAGGUUUCAGAGCUUUUUUCUUUUUCCAAUGAUGAGUUCAUACAUCAUCAAUGCAAUAUAAUAUUGUGUCCAGAUUUUAGCAAAACACCUCAGUUUCAAUCAGGGAGGAAAUUGAAAAAUAUUUGUUUUAUUAAACAUUAACUGAUCAAGCAUGCUAUCUUGUGCAUAAUCUCGAAGUCAGUGGAAAAAAUUUGCAUGUAGGUAUGCAACAGGAUUGCAGCCCUAACCUUUAAAAAUAACAACAUACUAUGCUUAGACAUGUUUGUCUCAGUCUAGAGAUCCUGCUUCUGUUGCAUGCAUGGAAUAGCAUUUCUCCCCCUUUCCAUGGAGUGCUACUGUGCUCAUUAAACAGGGAAUCUUAUGUUGAUUGCUGGAGUGGAUGUUUCCAUGUGCACAUGAUCUUAUGCACAUGGAAGCAAUCACAACAGCAAUGCACUGCAGCUAUCCAGCCUGUCUUUCAGACAGAAGCAGUCUACAUCUGUGGGACACAUUCUGGCAAUGCUUUUGCUCCUGCACACAGCAAGAUUUUAUAAAGGAUCAUCUCUGCUUCGGGGCCAGUAUGUGGACACAAGUCCCUUUGAUUCCAAUAAAACUUUCAUCUAAGUCUGCUUGGGAUAGUAGUUGUCUUUUUAGUUUGUUCCAUAUCUCAAAACCACCAGCAUUUAAAAGCUGAAGGUCUCUUUUCCUUUAAGAUUUUACAACCGGACACAUUUCAAUAUAUCACAUACAAAAUCCUUUGAAAAUUGCUAUUUUUAGAUUUGUAAUUCUUUUUUGAAACAAAGCCUUUGACAGACAAUAGGUUUUCACUAGAUAUUGCUAGCGUGCUUAGAAUGGAAGCCAAAAUGGUAUCAGAAUGGUAUAAAUAGUCAUAGUGUCCAACAUUGUAUUUAGUAAAACAUAUGCUUCAUAAAUGCUGUAUCUUAGCUAUCACUGAAAUGUCCAAAUAAA